AUGGUAUCACUCUUCUCAGCCAUCUUCCCACCCGCCCCCUCUUUCACAGAGCAGGACCUAGGUGACCAAACAGGAAAAGUCUUCAUAAUCACCGGUUCCGCAUCCGGGGCAGGAUUUGAGCUAGCCGUCUGUUAUAUUCCAGGCACCAAGGGGCGUCUGGUGCCGUUGGUGAUAGACGUAGCGGAUCUAGGCACGAUCAAAGCGGCCGUGGAGCAGUUUCUAGCGCAGGAGAAUAGGCUGGAUGUCUUGGUGCAUAAUGCUGGGGUGAUGGAACCGCCUGUUGGGAGUAGGACGAGAUUGGGUCACGAUCUAGAGAUCGGAACCCACUGUUUAGGACCAUUCGUCCUAACUCAUCUUCUCCUCGACGUUCUGAAACGCACAGCAGCCGCAGCGAUAACACCAAUCCCAGCGCCGUCGAAUAGCGUAAGAAUCCUCUGGAUCGCAUCCUAUCUAUCCCUAGGUCAGCCGCCGGGUGGAAUGGUAUUCAAUGACGCAGGCGGUCCAAAGGCAAUCCCCAAGGUCUUUCCGAAUUACAUGCAGAGCAAAGUAGGCAGCGCGUGGCUGGCUUCGGAGUUUGCGACAAGGCUUGCGCAGGACGGUAUCAUGAGCGUUUCAGUGCAUCCGGGAUUGAUGCGUACCGAAUUACAGAAGACGAUGCCUUUACUUGGGCGCAUGAUGAUGAGUCUUCUCUUCAAGCCUGCAGUAUAUGGAGCAUAUACAGAGCUAUACGCUGCGUUCUCUCCUGAGCUUACAAGAGAAAAUAUACGUGGCGGUUACGUUAUAGCAUGGGGACGCAUUGAGCCGUUGCCAAAGGAUAUUGCAAAUGUGCAGAAGACGGCAAAGUUCUGGAGAUACUGUGAGCGCGAAACUAGCGCGUAUAUCUGA